AUGGCGGGGUUGAUACGGAGGGCUAUAGCUGCAGGUGUUUCAUCUGCAUCGAGAUCGACAGCGGCGUCGUUUCGGUAUGUGGUGGUGCGGGGCAUGGCGUCGGAGGUCCAGGCCCAGCAAGUGGACCUCAAGGCCCAAGACAAGACGAGCUUGAAAACGUUCUCAAUCUACCGGUGGAACCCAGAAAACCCGAAGAAGCCGGAGCUCUGUGAGUACGAGAUCGACCUCAAGGAGUGUGGGCCCAUGGUGCUCGACGCCCUCAUUAAGAUCAAGAACGAGAUGGACCCCACCCUCACCUUCCGUCGAUCUUGCCGCGAAGGGAUCUGCGGCUCCUGCGCCAUGAACAUCGACGGCUGCAACGGGCUCGCUUGCUUGACGAAGAUAGCGCCGUCGUCUUCCGUCGGAGCGACGACGAUAACGCCGUUGCCGCACAUGUUUGUGAUAAAGGACCUGGUGGUGGACAUGACCAACUUCUACAAUCAGUACAAGAGCAUAGAGCCGUGGCUGAAGAGGAAGAGCCCGCCUACUGAGCCCGGGAAAGAGAUUCGCCAGAGCAAGAAGGAUAGGGCUAAGCUGGAUGGGAUGUACGAGUGCAUAUUGUGUGCCUGCUGUAGCACAUCCUGCCCCAGCUACUGGUGGAACCCGGAGUCUUAUUUGGGCCCCGCCGCCUUGCUCCACGCCAAUCGGUGGAUAAGUGAUAGUCGUGACGAAUAUACAAAGGAGCGACUGGAUGCGAUAAAUGAUGAGUUCAAGCUCUAUCGCUGCCAUACCAUAUUGAACUGCGCUCGUGCCUGCCCAAAGGGUUUGAACCCUGGAAAGCAGAUCACACAUAUCAAGCAGCUCCAGUUAGGAGUUGGUGCUUGA